AUGACCAACUUUAUGACUCGCUACCCUUCUCAAGAUCAAUCACCCUACGAAGGUCUUAGUGCUGUGAAUGGCCUUGUCGUCGACGGUGCUUAUCUGGACGGGUCUUGGGAAUUAUGCGUCCAUGUGGAGGACUUAAACGAUGUGGUCUGUGUCCGAGUUCGUGGGGACACCAGUGUCGGAGGCUUAAUGCAUCAUAUUGUCGAGGCGGUGAAUGUUAAACAGUCUUGGUCAGACCAUGCUAUCUGGUGGCCGCAACGAAAUGUGUGGCUGCUCCAUACCCGCACUUCUUUGGAUCAAUACGGUGUUCAAUCUGAUGCCCAACUAGUUUUUCGUCACACUCACGGUAAUCUUCAGGUCGUUCUACCCUCUCUAGCUACUCUUACGUUGCGUGUCAAUUUCGCUAGUCGUGUUUUUUCAGUCGUCGAAGGGAUUUGCAAAGAGCUCUGUAUUCGUCACCCUGAAGAACUCUCGUUAAUGUGCCCUGUCACCCGAGAUACCAUUAAGCGCAAUCAACCCCUCCCCGUUAUCCGACAUGGUGUCAAAAGAACCGGGCCGCUAAAUCCUAUCGGUUUAGUUAGGUCAGAAGUGCCUGUAGCUGCUAGCAAUGGUGUAAAGAAGAUGGGUUCUCUGAACCCCUUGAAUGACUCUAAUCCCUACCCUACACUGCCCUACGGCUCGGCCACAUUGAUGCGUGGUCAAUCUGACAAUUCUCUGUACGAGGAACGCACCGAAAUCAGUAAAUUCCUAGAUUGUAGUCAGCGGAAGAGUGCAAAAGUCGCUUUCGGUGAGGAGUGGUUACUCAAGCCCAAGAAUGUCCAACAGAAAGCUCGGAUGGAUGGCAGAUGGUUAGAUUCAUCACGAUCCCUGAUGGAACACGGUAUUGAACCUCCUACUCUUCCUCUAGGUGAGCAUUCCAUAUCCCAACCCAAACCGCCUAUUCUCUACCUUCGUUUCAAAUUCUAUAACUUCUAUGACAUUAAUACAAACUACGACGCAGUUCGUAUUCAUCAAAUCUAUGAGCAAGCACGAUGGUCACUGUUAUCUGGGAAUUUGGAGUGUACCGAGGACGAGAUGAUUGUUUUUGCGGCUUACCAGCUCCAAGCAGAAUUACAAAACGAAUCAGCUUUGCGGACAAAUGCAGCUUUAUACUCCGGUGGUGCCGGCGGUGGAACACUAGCUAGAUGCAACACCUUGGGGGGAUAUAACACCCCCGCUUCACAAAUUGAUCCAGGCCUCCGUCCAAUGAGUCCAGACUUCUCAACACCGCGUUCUUUCGGGGGGUCUCUUUCACGCAUGCCAAGCCUUGGAACUGUUGCUCCACCAUCAGGCCAUUCGCGGAGUCCAUUCAUUGGAUCAAACAGUCAUCUGGCACUCAACGAUGACGCGUCGAACGAAAUGGAUGAGAUUGACGUUAUGCUGACGGAGUUGGAACAAUCCUGCAACGUCUUCCAUCAACCACGAAAGUCUAGCACAACUUGUCAUGAUGUUGUGGACUCUAGCACUGCUCCGAUCCUUCAGGAUUCGAUAAAAGUUUUUCGUGAUAAGGGUCUCCUUCCCCAUCGAUCCAAGGAGAUGUGGGGCGUUGUGAAGGGUGUCAGUCUGGUGCUUUACCGUGAUCCACAUAACAUCGAUUCUCCUUCUGCCUCAUACACUCUUCGUGACUGUCUCAUAACCCCCGAUCUGAGCCCUGAAAAUUCUCGUUUCGCCGUUAAGCUAUCUCUCAUUGUCACUCCCCCCUCUUCUUCCUCCACAGCAAUUAGUAGACGUUGCAGUCGUACUCGCGAGGAGGUCUGGUUGCGUUUUAAUUCCAUGGAACAGUACGCUAGGUGGGUUGCUGCUUUUCGUCUAGCUGGGCGUGGAAAGAGCCUUGAAAGUCGAGCUGCGUUGGAUAAUGAGUUUCGAUUGGUUCGUGAGACGCUAGAAAAACAGUCCACCACCCAUGCCACUCCUGUUCUCUCUCUUGAGGAACUAACUACCCACCUUGGAGAUUUGUCUGACUUCUGUACGGAGAGAAUCAUCAAAAGGGCUCGCAGCAGAGAGGCUUUGCGACAGAGGAUCAGCGAAACCCACGCAGGAUUUCGGGAUCUCUCGCUACAGGACGCCAAACUGCGUUACAUUGAAGAGUGGCAACGUCUGAAUCACUUUGGUCGCUCUUACUUUAUUGUGCAAUUCGAUAAGGGUAAUCCUUUCGGUCUGGGUAGUCCUAGCGGUGGAAUAUUCUCUAGUCCAGGUCCACAGGAAGGUGUGAUAGCUAUCCGACAGUUUCGAAUCGAAGUAGUUUCUUCGUCUACCGAAGAAACUCAAUUGGCGUGGAAUUUUGCCGAUCUACGCAGCUGGAAUGUGAAUUGGGAUAAUGGUCGAGUGAUUCUCGAAUUCCGCAAUGGAAAAGUGUCAUUCAAGCCCCUGUCAGCCAACUGCAAGAACGUAGUGGAAUUUAUUGGAGGCUAUGUUUUUUUGAGUCAACGCAAUCUCGAAAAAAACCAAAAACUUGAUGAGAGACUCUUUCAUAAACUCACGGGAGCGAGUGAUUGA